GCUACUUCGACCGCCGUGGAGCGGGUGUUCUCCCAAGGACGCCACCUUCUUCAUUUCACUCGCAGUCGACUAUCCGGAAAGUCUAUUCGCGUGUUCAUGUGCCUUGGCGCCUGGAAUCGGGCAGACUUGAUUACGGUCGAGGAUCAGAUGCCUCUCGACAAGGGUAAGGGCAAACGAAAGUAUGUUGAGGUCGAUACUAUUGACUUGACCGGUGAUGAUGGUGAUCUUUCGCAGAAGUAA